UUGAGGAAAUCAAUAUUAUGCCACCAAUGCUGUAUAUUGAGUUUAACUUGUAUUGGACUCGGAAUAUUUAUGUAAUGCUACAAGGACUUUUAUUUUGACAUAAUAUCUGGGCAAAGCCCCACCCCCGGAACCGACAUCAGCCUCCACUAGCAACAGUCUCAAAGCGUUACGCCGUUUCGAAGUGAAAAACAAAACAAGAAAAUAUCACGUUUAGAGCAGAGACCAAAACACUUUCCGUAAUCUAAUUUGGCACUGAAAUACACUUGCCCGAGGGACCUUCUGGUGGCCCAAACGCUGAGGUAAGGCAAGGAUGGCGAGUUACCGGGCGUUUCACACCCAGCUCGCGACCAUCAUGGAGACGCUGACGCGCGCGGCGGUGGCGGAGAUCUGCGAGCUCGUGGAUGACGGUUACGCCGUUUUACACAUCGAGAUCUCGCGCCAUAAGAAGGAGAACGAGGAGCUAAGACGGAAACUUCAGCUCAUAGAGUCCAUCGUUGCGGCGCGGGGCUACAGCGACGAGAAAACGGCACUGCGAGACGGUCGGUGUGACAGUAAUAUUGGCGAAGCGCCCGUGAGCAGAAAAACGUCCGGAGGCGGAGAAUCCACGAGCCGGAGCUCCGUGGCGGAGUCACGCGAGGAAGUAGAUCUGAUCCAGAUGCAGAUUAAAGUGGAGGGUCUCGAGCAGCAGCCGCUGGCAGAUGAUGACGACGAUGAUGAUGUUGAAAGCGUCUCUGCAGUAACUCAUGACUCUCCUAAACCAGAUGUUGCUGAGCUCUCUUGUCAGGACACUUACACACUUGCACAUUCCCCUGUGCAUGACACACACACUCAUACACUCCCACAUUCCCCUGACAAUGACACACACUCUCAUACGCAUGCAUUUGCAGACACACACUCUGGUGCUGAUGAAUCCCAGCACUCCAGUAUCGAUUUGACGGGUGCCGAUGAUGCCUCCUUUUCCCUCGCACACAGUACAUCAGAGACUCGUCCCUCCCAUCUCCAUCGAGUGUUUCAGGAAGACUUUUGUGUGACGGCUGAUCUGGACACAGUCUCCGACUGGGCCACACAUUCUGUCCGUAACACACUCACGCAUUCACAAACCUCCCCACAGACGGUUGGUGGCUCAGAUCCCCUUGUAUCCAUUAAUUCACCUUUGUUUGCUGCACAGCGACUGGUUGCUCUGGGGAACGUCUCGGGGCUGAGUCUCUAUGGGCGGUUGGGCGCUCUACGGGGAGUCGAAGCUGGCAAAAGACACUUCAUUUGCUCAAUCUGUGGGAAGAGUUUCACCACGUCGCAGAGUUUGGACACACACAUGCGCAUACACACUGGUGAACGGCCGUACCGCUGUGAGCAGUGCGGGAAGCGUUUCACGCAGUCUGGCCACCUCACGGCUCACCAGACUGUCCACACUGGAGAGAGACCAUACAAGUGCACCCACUGUGGAAAACGAUUUGCAGGAAAACAAUACCUACGCAUACACACCAAGAAACACCACCCUGACUUACACACGCUCUCACAUAUAGCAACACACACACAGCAGGAAACACCACCAUGAGUGAAAUGAAACACAUCCCUAGAGAGUAUACAUGUGCUCACAACACAGAGAAAGCUGGAAACCAGUUUUGUUGUUUAAGAUUUUUUUCCUCUUAUUUAUUCAGUUGGAAAGAUGUUUGGUGGAGGUGUCCUGCAUCUUGCAUUAUACAGAAGAGAUUUAAUGAAAGACAUUAAUUUAAUUAAAAUGUUUGAAGAGUUAACAUGCCAGUCCUGAUUGUAGUUAUGCAGUGGUCAGACCUGCAUUCUCAAACAUGUUAUAGAAAAAUUAAAGCAGCUCUGUCAGUGAGUUAAAACCUGUGUGCAUUAUACACACUGCAGGGAAACCAUAUGAAAGCCAACAAUUGUACAUCAAUAUUAGAAGAAACAAAGACUCUUAAAAAGAGCAUGUACACAAAAAGUCAGAUACCCACUAACUGUUGCACAUAGAGUAGAUGUACUGAAAGUGUACAGGAAAAUGUGUGGCUAUUUCAAUGAAGAGUUUUGUUAUGAUCUAAAUUAGAUAGAACUAUAGAUUUUACAUUUAUACUUGCAGCUAGUCACUGGAGAAACACUGCAUUAAUUUGUUUUAUUUAAUAGAAAUAAACAAAUUCAAGGAAGAGUGUUUGUGUCUCCAAGCGUCUAGUUUUAAGCCAUUGUGACUGCUAUAUCUAAAAAAAAUGUUUUUUUAAUUUUUUUAUAUAUUUUGUUAUGAUUUCCAUUUUUAUUUUAUUUUUUUACAUCUAAUCGAAAAACAACGUGAAAUGUUUGUAAUUUAAAAAAUGCAUAUGUCACACCAUAGGUCUCUUAACUGUAAACGAUGAGUUAAUUACAAAUGUUAAACAGUCACAGCACCUAAAUGUCCAUGUAAUUUGUCAAUUACUGAAAUACAGAUGAAUUAUAUUUAACAAAAUCAUCAUAAAAAUUGACAAUUAGCUAUCAUGUUACAGUGAGGGAAAGCUUGUUGCACUGAUUCAACAUCACCGAUUAACGUUUCUAAACAGCUUUAAAAAAAAAAAAAAUUUAUUGAAAAUAUUUAACGUAACAUUUCAUGAUUAUUCUAAUAAUUGUAAGUGACUGUAUAAAAGAGUUACAAUUUUAAUGUAGAAUUAAGUGGCAAAAUACAAUUUAGUGUGAGAAAAGAGGUGUAAUUCAUUAGUAAAGCCCACUUGAUUCUGCCCUAUGAUUCUGAGUUGCACAAUGCUGAAGCUAAAUCUUUCUGUUGUCAUCUCUAAGAGUACAAAGUGUAAGAUAUAACAUAACUUGCACAUUUGUAUUAUUAACACCAUGAUGAUUUUACUUUAUUUGUAGAUUUUAUCCAGACUAAUUCUCCACAAAUUCCCAACAAUCUAAAGUCCAGAAGCAGGAACAUCAAUACAACAAACAAAUCAACUGAAAAUAUAAAUCUGGAACACCUGCUAUGACUUUCUCACCUUUUUCACCUCUCAUGAGUUUGCAUCCCUGAAUAAUAAUGACUAAUUAUGAAGACACGCUCACUGAGAACUUUAUUAGGAACACCUGUACACCUACUUAUUCAUACGAUUAUCUAAUCAGCCAAUCGUGUGGCAGCAGUGCAAUGCAUAAAAUCAUGCAGAUACAGGUCAGGAGCUUCAGUUAAUGUUCACAUCAACCAUCAGAAUGGGGGAAAAAAAUGUGAUUUCAGUGAUUUGGACCGUGGCAUGAUUGUUGGUGCCAGACGGGCUGGUUUGAGUAUUUCUGUAACUGCUGAUCUCCUGGGAUUUUCACACAUAACAGUCUCUAGAGUUGACUCAGAUGGUGCCAAAAACAAAAAAAUAUCCAGUGAGUGGCAGUUCUGCAGACAGAAAUGCCUUGUUGAUGAGAGAGGUCAAUGGAGAGUGGCCAGACUGGUUCGAUCUGACAGAAGGAUUACAGUAACUAAGAUAAAUGCUCUGUACAAUUGUAGUGAGCAGAAUAGCAUCUCAGAAUGCACAACACAUGGCGGAUGUGCUACAACAACAGAAGACCGUGUUGGGCACUUUAUUAGGACAAUAGUGUUCCUAAUAAAGUGCCCAAUGUCUAAUUGUGUAGCAGCAUGCUUAUCUCUGCAUGCCUGUGUAUGUUUUAGCUGUAGAAAGUCUACAUACUUGCUCUGCAGCAGCAGCAUUAGCGUAGCAAAUCUAGUACACCAAGACCAAUAUCCUAUCAGUGUGUCAGAAAAGUCCAAAAAGUUAUCAUGACUGAACUGUAUUUAGCACUCUAAAUACAAAUAAAACUGGCCUGACAACCAUAUUCUGCUGCUGUAUGGACGUGGCAAGAAACUCACCGACCCGCAGUAAAGAAUAAUGCCUUUGUAUACCAGCUUGCACAAGGGCUUCUAAUAUCUGAUCUUUGAAUUGUCUCUUUAGAAUGUUGCUUUGAAUGAAUAAAUAAAUAGCACAAAUUAUUCUGGAUGAGAAACUACAAAUACUAAAUUAAAAACCAACACAUAUGGAAACCAAAUUUCCUUAAAUGCUUAUAUGACAGUGAAGGUCACAAACAGGGUUAUGCUAUCACUAUAUAAUGUGUUCUUUCUUUCAUAUCACUGCAAAAAUUAAAAAGUCAUUUUGGCAAAAUCUUUACAUGUUGCCUGUUUUAUCAUAUUUUAUCAGUUUUAAGCUGUCUGGCCCUUUAAGACUUCACUGUAAACAUCCACUGCUGUGAUUGGCUAACAUCGUGCAGCCCCUCAAAAUCAGCCAUUUUUUUAACUCAAUCAGAAGAAAAUGAACAAACUCCACACAACAUUAUAAAACCACAUUUCAGGGUUAAAACAUAACGUACACUCAACACAUUUCAACUGAAUGUAUCAGAUUGUUCACUCAAGCACAGGAUAAACUAUCAAACAGUCAUGACAUUUGAAACAUUCAUGAAUAGAAUUGAUUACUUAUGGUGUUUCGUCGAAAAGUCCAAUUUUAACUGCAACAUCUUUUAAUAACAGUUCUUUUGCAACGCUUGAAUCAUAUUGUGAUUGUUUCACAAGCAAUACAUGCUGAUAUGAGCCGAAAACACACACAAUCCACGCUGAAAUGUUCUGAAUACGCAAGUGUAAUACAAUCCACUGUGAUGUUGGGUGCUUCAACAGGCCAAAGAAGAGAUGCACAUCUUCACCAGAGUGACAUUCAGCAUUUUCCUAGUUUCUUUACACACAGGACUGCAUGCAUUUCUCCCAGUAAGUGGCAGCCGCAGAAUGAGACACGUUUUUAGAAAUUUCACUUGUACCGCUCUUAAACAGGUGUUGUGCGGAAACGCAUCAAUACGAUCAAAGAUGUCCAUCUAGUCCAUGUUUACAAAUGACCAACAAUUAAAAAUAGCACAGAUGGGUGCAAAAAUGGUCCAGGACGCCUUCAAAACAGCACAAAAGCAAGACAGCAAACAGCAAGAUGAACAAGAAUGGGGGUGUCCUUCUUAGAUUUAUUAUUUGACAUUGUGUCUUUUAAAAGUGGCACGAGAGGCAUGACAAUGGUCAAAGCCAUGCAUGUUUAUGUAGAAAAACAUUUAAAUCCAGAUAGGCACUUGAAAGUGUCCAGUAAAAGUCCCCUUUGUGUGAAUCUCACAUGACAGGCCCAUCUCUCUCCUCUUCACCUGUGUGACUGACUGAGCACCAGUGGGUAGGGCCAAGGGUGCAAUGACGAAAAAUAUUGAUGUCUUGCAGAAGAGGCAGUCAUAUGCAGAAAUAUUUGGUCCUUGUAACGUCACAAGUUCUACAAAUUCCAAAUAAGCCGUUUUUGCAACAUGGUUUAAAUAAAUGCUCUUUUUCUAUUAAGGAGGAAUUUUUCAGUUCUGUUUUUAUAGUACAAUGACCUCUUAUACAUGUCGAAAGAUCAAGGAAAAUGUUAUUCUUCAUGUCAUGACCCCUUUAAAAGGAUCAGAAUAAGUGAGGGACAUAACACUGGUGCCCCAUUAAAAAUGGAUGCUCCUGGAGCCAAAAGAAUAAAUAAAUACUGUAAUAAAUAGUUACUGUAGAGGCCUUUUUGGCUCUAAAUAAAAAAAAUUAAAAAAAAAACAACAACUGAAAAAUGUAUAAAUAUUUAUGUGACAAACAUAAAUCUUUUUCUGAGGAAUCAGAGGAAGUCAGCA